AUUACAAACUCAGACUCAGUUCCAAAAUGUUGGUGUACCAGAUAUUUGUUACAUUAGCUGCAGCUGCUACUUCUGUGAUGGGAGGCAUACCAGGGACGUUCUUCUGGCGACCGAGACUGGGACUCGACCUCUCUAUUCCCUCAACAGAGAGCACUGUCGCGGUAAAUUUACCCACGAAGGAGAACAUUCGCGAAGGGUUGGUGGUCCUGAUAGAUGGGUACGAAGUGGGUAUGACGGUAGUGGGCCUGUGUGCUGGGAUAUCGGGGACCACCACAUAUCCCCACCUCAACCCCCUGUCCGCGUACUUCUACACCAACGCGUACAGAUGGGGGCUACGGCAUUUUAGCAUGAUUCCGGUAUGGCUAGGAGGUCAGGGUGGCCACUACUGCGAUACUCACAAAGUCUGGAAGAGGAGGUUUUUCUACAUGGAUGAGUUCGUCCCGCAAUGGAUGAGGCACAUGCUGCCAUUCGUCAAGAAGGAGGAGUGGGAAAAAGAGGAAUUGGAGUUUAAAAGGUUCAAGAAGUACGCGGAACCCGCCUUCGGAAAACACUUUAAAUAUCCGACGAAAAAGUUCAGGGAUUGGAUAUCACAGGAGACCAAAGAAACGGUCGAAGACGAUGUGAUAUCGUCUAGUUCGCAAGACGUGUGAUAAUUUUAAUAAUUAAAACGAAUGUUCCUA